CACAAGUCCAGAACCCUUCGAAAACCUCGAUCCCGGAAGCUCGAUCCUGGCUCCUUUCGCCUGUCGGCCAUCAGCGUCGUGGUUGUGCCAGUGCUGAGCCGGGUGCAGCUGUGCUACCUGGUCGAGGCCUCUGGCUCGGAGCAGGAGGAGCAGGAUGCGGAAACCAGGUUGUAUCAGGCCUACGUGCGCCCCUUCCUGCUGAAGCGGCGAGAUGAGAGGCGGAAGGAGGGCGGCACGGCCCUGAUGGCGCUGUCCCAGGGCCAGGUCGUGUCCGCGGAGGGGCAAGAGUUCGGCGUCCGAGCGCUGGACCCGAUUGCCCGAUGCGGCGCGCUCGACGAGUCCACCGCCGUGUUCAUCUCGCACAUUGAGACCGCCGCGCUGGACAGAGUACACGUGCUGCCUUAUGGGGACAGCCUGCCCUCGGCCUACGAGUUCGACCUCUUCCGCGACUUCCUGAGGCCGUUCUUCCAGUCCCACCCAUCAUAG